AUGCCAAAUGUGCUUUUCCCAGCACUGUUCAAGGAGUCCUUGGAGGGCAGGCAAACCAAGCUUGUGAAAGAAAUGGUGGCAGCUUGGCCAUUCCCCUGUCUCCCUGUGGGUGUAUUGAUGAAGACACCUAGCCUGGAAACCUUUCAGGCUGUUCUAGAUGGAGUAGACAUGCAACUGACAGGAAAGUUUUACCCUAGGAGAACAAAUCUACAGGUUCUUGAUUUGAAAAAUGUACACCAUGCCUUAUGGAACAUAUGGGCUUGUGCAGAGGAGAGCAGCUGUUCAGUAGAGAACUGGGAGGAAAAGCAAGUAGUGAAGGUGCCUAAUGACUCCCUUGGAGAUGCUUUCUAUCACUUACUACCUAAUUUCACAGGAAGACUUGGGUUCCUUCUCCUGCUCUCAGAGCCUAUUUCAGGUAAAACAUUUGGAUUUGAGAGGAGUGAUCUUAUAUGA